AAGCCCAGCUGAGCCAAGCCCUGCUGAGCCAAGCCCUGCUGAGCCAAGCCCGGCUGAACCAAGCCCAGCUUCCUUGAGCAGAGCCCAGAGCAGGUUUUGAAAGCACAUCCUGCCCGCCCGGGAGGCAGCACAAGGCGAGCCCCGAGCGCCAUGGGCAGCACCAGGAGGGGCUGGGAUGGGCACCGGGAGCUGCUGCGGCUCCGGGAUGUGCAGCUGGAGCCCCGCGGGACCUCCCUGCCCCCAGGGACACCUCACAGGGCCAGCUCGGUGCUCUGCAGUGCCAGCCCGGACCCGGCUGCCCCCGGAGCCGCCACCCCCAUGCCGGACACGCCGGGGGGGUGCCCCCCUCGCUGCCCCAGCUCGGCCCUCAUCUACAGCAACGUGGGAGAGCUGCGUGCCCACCUCGUUCCCCGCAAGGCCAGCCGAGGGGAGGGCGCUGUGAGACCCCUCCCCCGGGCCCAGCCGGACCCGCUGCCUCCCCCCCUGCCCAAAAAGCAGCUCCAGCGAGCCGAGUCCCUCCCGGCGCCCGCAUCAUCCCAUGACGACCCCGAGCCUCGGGCCGGCAGCAUCCUGUACAGCAUCCCCGCAGCACAGGGGGCUCCCCCCCGGGACAGACCCUCCAAGAAGCCCCUGAACAAAUCCCAAAGCCUGCUGGAGCCGCUGGCCCCAAGCAGCCCCCAGAAAGCCCCUUCGAUCAGCCUGAAGGAGCUGACAUUCGGCACAGGGGAUGGGGAGCUGGGGCAGCUCCUGGAGAGCCCAGCCGGGGUCUCUGGGGUGGUUUUGGGGUGCCAGGAGGCCGCCCUGGCCCGGCUCUCGGCUCUGCUGCAGGAGGAGCUGCUGGGGCCCGAGGAGAGGCAGCAGCUGCUGGAGGCAGAGCUGCUGGGCAAGCGCUGGGCAGCCCUCGGUGUCCUGGACCCCCAGCCCUGCUGCCAGAGCGGGGACGCCUGGUACUUCAGGGUGGGCUUCACCUUCCAGCACAGCCAGCUGCAGUUGGCAGCCAAGGUCCCCAAGCCGUGCUGCUCCAGCCUGGCCGUGCAGAGCUCCCUGGGCACCCACUGCAGCAUCCAGCGCCUGCUCGGCCGCUUCACCGACCGCCUCCCCCGGGAGCUGCUGCUGCCAGCAAUCCCUGGAGCACAGAGCCCUUCCAGAGAGCAUCCAGCCUGUCCUGCCCCCCAGCCCCUCCUGCAGGUGCUGCUUUGUGCCGAGGUUCCCCAGCAGACCCUGGCAGAGUUUGUGAAGGGCUCCCGCGCUCUGCACAGGAGCAGCCCCGGGCACUACGAGCGCCUGGGCUGCCUCCUGCUGCUGCAGCUGUGCAUGGGGCUGGAGCACCUCCAGGAGCAGAACGUGGUCCAGGGGGACCUGUGCCCUGAGAACCUGCUGCUGGUGCAGUGCCCGUGUCCCCCCGAGAGGCAGAAGGAGCUGCCAGGACUGUCCCUUCCUCGGCUGCUCAUCAGCAGCUUCUUCAAGGUGCAGGAGAAGCAGAGACCUUGUUCCAGCAGCCAGGAACUGGACUGGAGCCACGCUCUGGCUGCACCCUCCACUCCAACAGCAGCUGAGCUGAACUUGGGCAGGCUGAUCUACCAGAUCUUGCACGUGGACAUCUCCCUGGAGAACAUUUUGGACUUCAGAAGCAAAAGGCUCCCCGAAAUCCCCUCGCUGUCCAUCUACUCAGCAGGACUGAAGCGCUUGGCCUCGCUGCUGCUGCACAGGGAUCCUCACCAGAGGGUGUCCAUCCUGCAGGCCAGGGCCAUCCUGCAGGUGCUGCUCUGGGGACCACGCCAGGAGCUCUUUGCCAGGAGCAGGAAGAGCCUGGAGCUGCUCCAGAGCUGGCUGCAGGUCAAGAGGGCUCUGCUGCUGCUGAGGUUUGCAGAGAACUCGGCUGGGGCUGGGGUCAGGCCUGGCCUGGAGGAGUGGCUGUGCUGCCAGUACUUCCAGGGGGCCGCUGAGCACACCCUUUACCAGGUCACCCAGGUUCUCUAUGCUCCUUAAACCACCUCCAGUUCAGCCCACCCAAAGGUCUCCUAAAGCUCACGAGGGCCCAGCCAAACCUGUCCCUGCCCAAACCUGUCCCUGCCCAUGGCAGGGGAGUUGAAACUAAAUUAUUUUUAGGGUCCUCUCAGCCCAAAUCAUUCCAUGAUUCUGUGAAAUCCACCAGUUCCUGAGAAAUCUCAAUAGGUCUUCACUGGGAAAGCUCUACAAACCCAAGCCCAAGGAUGAUGAAGUGUGUAAAACCACAGGGUUUAUACCCUCAAACCAUUUUUGCUUGAUGCUCUAAGUCUGGUUUAUCAGAGCACCUGAGGAAAGGCAGCUGGAUGGGAGUCCCAGGCAUCAAUUUAGUGACUGAUAAUCUCAAAUAAAGUUUAUGGGGUUCAGACUUUGAACAAAACCCCCUCAGAGCCUUUUUGCAGCCAGCAGGUUUUUGCUGUUUUAAAUUACACUCAAAGCCACCCAUCACAGCUCACCCUGAGAAACAAAAGCUCCUUCAGCCUGUGCCUCCCAGAGACAAUUUGUGACACAGUCACUAAUAAAAAUGACAUUUUAAAGGGAAAAAUACAGCUUCAAUAAAACCUGAAGCCAAGCCUCUCAAACACUGCUCCUUUAUGUGCUUCUCUGCCAGCAUUACACACUCCAGGGAUGGAUCCAGAGGGAAACACAAAGCCAAACUGUCCUGGAUGGUGGUGAUUACCCAGAACAGCCUCCAUGGGCUCUGGUGAACAGCUCAGGUGAGUUCAUGGGCACCAAGGCAGGGCUGUGGAAUCUUUUCCUUGCUGUGAAACACUUGGCAGCACGUGGGAUCUGGACCCAGUCCCCAAAUCCAUGCAGAUGUCCAGGGACCAGCAUGGUGAAGGUUAUUUAAAUUAUUCCUCAGCAAUUAAUAAUCCACUCACAGCCAUCUAGGCUGGGUAUCAGGAAAAAUUCCUUCACUGAAAGAGUGCUCAGGCAUCAGCACAGGCUGCCCAGGUGCUGGAGUCACCAUCCCUGGGAGUGUUCCAAGUGGGGAUGUGGCACUUGGGGACAUGGCUUAGUGGUGAUGGGGUCAUGGUCAGGCUCAGUGGUCUGAGGAGACUUUUCCAACCUGAACAAUUCCAUGAUUCAGUGACUCCAUCACCUAACAGCAGUGGGACAGAGCCUCCCACAGCUGCUGUGCCCAUGGAUGUGGCAGUGGCUCCCCAGGGCAGUUACCCAAGCCUGGGGCAUGGCUGGAGUGGGGAGGAUUCCUCCUAGAAAUCCCUGAGCUCCAAAAAACCAAAAAUAAACCAGAGCUGAGAGCCUGCAGAGAGUCCCUGAGCUCCAAAAUACAGAAAUAAACCAGAGGUGGGACCCUGGAGAGAGUCCCUGAGCUCCAAAACCAAAAUCAAACCAGAGCUGGGACCCUGCAGAGAACAGCUCAGUCCCAUGGUUGGUUUGCAGCACCC